CUGCGCGUGUGUGUCGGGGCCGCGCGCGCUGAGGACGCUGAGGGAGGCGCGCGCUCGUGUCACAUUCUUCAGAGGAUCCGGUAAACGGCAGAAACACCGACAGACGAGCGGCGAGAGCGGCGACAGACAGCAGCGGGCUCGAGAAUGCUGGCUGAAGAUGGACGUUCCUGAAUACCUGGAUCUGGAUGAGAUUGACUUCACUGAUGAUUUACCUUACAAGAGCAUUCCUGAGCUGUGCCGAAGACACGAUGGAGCGAACGACGAGAGACAAGCUCCGUCCAUCAACUGGGCUCGUAGCGCAGCGUCACACGGCGGAGCGGGAAUCAAGCCCACCGGCGUCGCAGACGUCUACAGCAAGUUCAGACCGGUCAAGCGCGUGUCUCCCCUCAAACACCAGCCGCAGGAGUCGGAGCCGGAGGCCGAGGGGAAGAGCAGCAAAGAGGACAAGAGCAGAGGCCUGCCGAUGAACGGAGCUCUGUUCGGAGAGCUGGAGCACUACGACCUGGACAUGGACGAGAUCCUGGACGUGCCAUACAUCAAGUCCAGUCAGCAGACGGCCAGCCUGAAGAAGAGGAGUGCCGGCAGUAAAGGAGCGACGCUAGUGCUCUCCGAGAGCCUUCUCUCGCCCGUCAGCUGGCCCCACAUGAGGAAGUCCAAGUCUGUGGAUCAGGACUAUCUCAGAGCACAGAGCGCUCACGGAUCAGAGCCGGACCUCGACAAACCUGACGGCGGCUCGGCUGCGUUCCCUCUUCAGCCGGCCAAAGCCCCGAAGCAGGACAAGCCCUGGAGAACGUUUGGAGAAGCCGACGAAGAAGCCAAGAAGACGCAGAACAUCCUGAACAUCGUGAGAGAAGGACAGAUCUCUCUGCUGCCUCACUUGGCGGCGGAGAACCUGGAGCGCAUCCGAGACGAGGACAGGAACAACCUGCUGCAUGUGUCUGCGGCUCAGGGUCACGCCGACUGCCUGCAGCACCUCACCUCGUUAAUGGGCGAGGACUGUCUAAACGAGCGCAACACGCAGCAGCUGACGCCCGCAGGUCUCGCCGUCAGGGUACGACACACUCAGUGCGUGUGUGUGUCUGUGUCUAUGCAUGUGUGUGUGUGUGUGCGUGCGUGCGUGUGUGUGUGUCUGGAGCAUCCCAGCCUCAUCCACUACGCCGCGAGACACGGACAGGAGCGUGUCCUGCUGUGGCUGCUGCAGUUCAUGCAGGAGCAAGCCAUUUCUCUGGACGAGGCCGAUCAGAACGGGAACACGGCGGUGCAUGUGGCGGCUCAGUUCGGACAUCUCAGCUGCGUUCAGACUCUGGUGGAGUACGGCUCGAACGUGACGGUGCAGAACCAGCAGGGCGAGCGUCCGUCCCAGAAUGCCGAGCGGCAGGGUCACAGCACCUGCUCCAGGUAUCUGGUGGUGGUGGAGACCUGCAUGUCUCUGGCGUCGCAGGUGGUCAAACUCACCAAACAGCUGCAGGAACAAACCACGGCGAGAGUCGCUCUACAGAACCAGCUUCAGCUGCUGCCGCAGACCCACGAGCUCAAAGACAGACCGCCGUCACCCAGCUCUCGUGUCGAGUCGUGGCCUGAGAUGACGCUGACGGCUGAAGCGGCUCCUGAUAACAUCCAGAGACACAUGGACUCGGACACAGUCCUGCGCAAGCUGCUGGGUAAAGAGCCGACGGAUGUGGAGGCGGAGCCAGGGGCGGGGCCUGUAGCCGGACCAAUGAGAAGGCCGGAGCCAGGCGAGAGGCGGGAUCUCAAGCUGGCGCGUCUCAAGCAGAUCAUGCAGCGCUCGCUCAGCGAAUCAGAUGCGGAAGAGUCCAAACCGCCUCGACCCGAGCGGCCCACGCAGCUGCCCAUCACAGAGCACGCCACCAAGUUCUCCUUCACACACAGGACUUCCAAAUCCGUGGACGUUUACAACCCGUCUCCGUCGUCAGACCACAGCGACCCCGAAGCCAAAACCGAGGUGACGGGAGAGCUCCCCGAAGGCCAGAAGGUCACCACGAGUCCCAAAAGCGCCCUGAAGUCGCCGUCCUCUCGCAGAAAGACCUCGCAGAACCUCAAACUGAGAGUCACGUUUGAUGAGCCGCCGCGUAAAGACGGACCUUUCAAAGUCCAGCCCGGAAAAGACAAGCCGGAGUCGAGCAAGCGAGCGUUCGGGACGCUCCGCUCCAUAAUGGAAACCCUGAGCGGAAACCAGAACAGCAACAACAACAACGCUCCGAAACACGCCGGGACAUCCGGAAAGAAGAGCAAAAGCAAGACGAGCGCUGUUUAAAUCAGCAUGAUGUUACACAACAACCAUCUGCACAAGAAACUGGUGCGAAUCCAGACUAUUUAGAAACCAGGUGCUUGAUUACAUGAAUCUUUCCCACACUAUUUGCUUAAUAACACACUUUCUUACAUGCGAGUUUUGAAAUAUUCGUUUUGCAAUACUGUGAUUUUCUACAGGCCUAAUAAUCAAAACCAAGCAGAGAACGACGACCGUACAGCGAACGAACGAAUGAAUCAUGUUCUUUAUUAAAUGAUUCGGUGCUGCACCUUUAUUUCAUAACUCAAAUACGUUUAUAUGUCAUCUGUAUUGUUUUGAGUUAAAGUAUGGAUUUAUAAUGUUUGAAUACAAGAAACGUUAUAUUAUUGGAAUCAUUGUAACGACAUUUAGAGAUUAAAAUAAAGACAUUUUAAGCUGAUGUAAUGCUAUCAAACGAGGA